AUGGCAGGUGGUGGAGCUCUAAACAAUUUAUUUCCGGGAUACAAGGACAAACUAUGGCUCAAGCUUCCGUACCACCUCCGCAUUCGCCUAAUUAAAUCGUGGAACCGGGAAUUCGAAAAGAACAUAUCCAAGGCGAAAAUAAAAAACAACAAAAUAAAAAAUUUGAAUUACUACCUACUGGACAAGUUCAAGCCAAAUGAAAACUACAAAAACAGACACACGGAUUAUAAGAGGCAAAUAUGCAGAGGAACGUUAGUAGAGGGAUGUGACUUUUUUCUACCAAAUAAGAAAAGCCAAGAUAGAUUAAAAAAUCACUUACAACCCUACACAGAGGAAGAAAGUGAAGAAAGAAAAAAACAUAAAUAUUUAAAUUUAAAAUAUUACAUACUGUUUUGCUUAGGAUUUUCGGUAUUACAUGACAGUAUGCAAUCUAGGCCAGUAGCAUGGUGCAUGGAUUAUGAACCACCCCAUACCCCGCAUUACCCAUUUUGGUUUAAGUCCAUGUUUCAUUCGCAUGACAUACCAAGUGUAAGAAGAGGUUUUGAAGUUUACAGGCAAAUAUGUGCAACAUGCCAUUCGAUGGAACAGUUACAAUUUCGUAAUUUGGUUAAUGAGGUGUAUCCAGAAAAUCGAAUGAAACAAAUUGCUGCCUCGUAUGAUAUAGAAGAUGGUCCUGAUGAUAAGGGAGAAAUGUUCACCAGACCAGGAAUCUUAACUGAUUCUUUUCCAAAGCCCUACCCAAAUGAAGAAGCUGCUAGAUAUGCAAAUAAUGGUGCAUCUCCACCAGAUUUAUCAGUUAUUACCACGGCCAGACAUAACGGACCAGAUUAUAUAUUUUCUUUACUCACUUGUUAUCGAGAUCCUCCUGAGGGAAUACACCUAAGACCAGGGUUGUAUUAUAACACUUAUUUUCCAGGAGGGUCUAUUUCCAUGCCCCCACCUCUACAGGAUGAUAUGAUUGAAUAUGAAGAUGGUACUCCUUGUAACAUUUCCCAGAUGGCUAAGGAUGUCGUCAAUUUUCUAACUUGGGCAGCGGAACCAACACAUGAUGAGAGAAAAUUAACAGGCCUCAAAUUGGUGAGUGGUGCUUUUAUUGCUAUGGUAUUAAUGACUGUAUGGCAGAGAUUUUUCUGGACCGUAUAUGCUACUAGAAGAAUUGACUUUGGAAAGAUCAAGUACCUAUAA